AUGACAGCCAGAUUAUUAUAUUUUUCAUUUGUACUCAUAUCGAAUUGGAUGCAAUGGGGAUUGACUUGCCCUAUCUUUCAAGGUUUAGAUGCUCUCGAUAUUACAGUGAGUGAAAAUAUCCUUGCCUUUACUCCUGUUCUCUUCAUUAGCAUUCAAAGAGCUUACCAUAAGUUUCCAUUUCAAAUCAACUAUUCAAUCAAUUCUUCAGUCGACAACCAUUACCAGUGCUCGCUUGUUGAUACAGUGCCUGUAUCCCCAUGUAGUAACGCAAGUUCUUCUUUCUCUGAAAGAGACUUGUCAGAUCAGUAUGAAGUGUUUAGUCAGCUAAAAAACGUUCAUGGUAAUACAAAAGACAUGUUGAACUAUGUUGCAAACAACAAUAAUAUCUAUAUUGUUUCUCUAGACUUCGCUGGACUUUCAACCAACGUUUCUGAUUUAAAGGAGUUUGUCAGGUAA